CACAGUGCACACACACCAGUGGUUUGCUUUGCAGGGACCCCUCGGUGUGCAACAUGCUCUGGCUGCCAGUCUGUGUACGCAAAGCACAGUCACGGUUACUAUGGGGACAUGUAAACCGUGCACAGGAGAAGUGGGAAGACGGAGGAGAGUUAUAGGUAGAUGGAUGUUGAAGCCAUGGAAAGGAGCCGGGAGAAGUAACAUAUCGUGUUUAGAUGUUGGAUUUAUUACCUCCUUCCUGAAAUGUUGAUGAACAAGAAGAUGCCGCACGCAGCGAGAUCCUCUGCAAGUCCUGCGAAAAUGCAAACCAAGAUGAGCGCCUGGACACCCCUGAACCACUCGCUGUCCAACAGCAAGGUUUUUGAGGAGAGACGAAGCCUUCUGGGAAAAUGGUUUGAAAGGUGGUCUGACAGGCAGAGGAGGUUGGUGCUGCACGAUUUCGUCAAGGGCUGCUCUAAAGAGCAGCUUCGCUUUAUCGACCUCUGCGUGAGUCGACAGCUUCCCCCACAGGCCGCUGACUUCACGUGCAUGCUCCCGAGAGCACUCUGUCUCUAUAUCUUCUCCUUUUUAGACCCACGCAGCCUCUGUCGAUGUGCACGGGUGAGCUGGCAUUGGAAAAGCAUCGUGGAUCUGGACCAGCUGUGGAUGCCCAAGUGUCUGAAAUUUGGCUGGUUCCUCAGUUUCUCACCUACAGUGUUUGAGCAAGGUGUGUGGAAGAGACACUACAUCAACACUGUGCAAGAAAUGCAGCUUGAUGCACCAAUCAAAAAGGUCGUCAGGUCCCAGCAGCAGGCAGCCGUUCAAGAUGGUGCAAGAAUCAGUAGUAGACAUGAGGACAUGUCACAAGGGAUUUCCCUAAGUGAGGAGCUUGAAGAAUCCACCAAGCCGUACGUUGCAGCAACAUUCAGCAGAUUAAAAAAUGACAAGCAUCCACCUGUGCUUCCACCUUGGAGAGACUCGGACAGACGUCCCAAAGACAUCAUCCGCUUCAACUACCUGGACAACCUGGACCCUGUCGCACAAGCCAGCGCAACGCAGAUGAAGAGCAGAGCAACCACAGGUAGCAGUAAAACAGAGAAGCCAGAUGACAGGAGACAGAAAAUGAUCUCCGAAGCCACUUAUAAACUACGUAAAGCUAAAUCACUGAUGUUCCUCGCUUCAAACAGCAGAUCCCACCAGGCUCUUCUUCCGCCUCCUCUGGGUUCUUCUUUGGCUCCUCCGACCCAAUUUCGGCCCCACUGGGCAUCUCACACUCAUAACUACCCUGCGACCAACGAGGCGGCAGAAUUCAUGUUGCGACAGGCCCAGUGGAAUGCCGGGAAGCGUCCUGGUCCAGUGAGGACAGCGGUACCCAGGCUAAGCAUGGAGGCGCUCAGGGCAUCCCUGCGCUCCAACAGGAGCAUUCCCAGUGCUCGGCUGUUUGACAUGCCACCCUGGACUCUCCCUGUGUCACUCACACAAUAUGUGGACUGAUACACAUCGCCACCUGCAGGGAAAUAAAGAAAGUACAACUAGAUUUACAUGCGGAGGUGCUACACUAAGGUUGGUGCUGAAUUCAUUUGAAUGUGUGAACGAACCAAAUUAUGUUCAUAGCUUACAAUAAAGGAAGCAGUCAUA